AUGUAAUUUAUUGAACAAUUAUUUUUUAGUUCUUCAAAAACAUAAUAUUCCUAAAAGAGUUAUUAUAAGUCUAUCCAUACUGCAAUUAAAUCAAUUUCUAGAGUUAAGUCUACAUUUGCACAUAUUUUUAUUAAGUCAAAAAAAAAUAGGUAAGAAAAAAACAGAAAUAUUAUAAAAUUUAAGGAGAGAAUCCAAGAUAGCUAAAUUUAAUUAAGAUUUAUAAAUGAAAAAAUAAAUAAAGCCCAGAUAAACAAUACGAAAAUAUCUGCCCUCUAUAUUUUAAACAUUUUUUUAAUUGGCAACUAUUAAUUGAAAUUAACUGACUCUUGCAACCUUAGACUUAAAAUACUCGUCAAUUGGCAGCUGCUUCGUUUUGUUGAUUCAAAAAUAAAAGAAAUAUAAUCCUAUAUAGCAUGA